UUCCAUCUCUUUCAUUCCCUUAUAAAUAACAGAGAUAACAAAGUGUUUAUUUACAGAUAAUUCGGCAGUGACAACUCACGGUUAGGGAGUUUCAACACAAUCGUGCAGGACUAACGGUAGUUGAAACAAACAGCGGAGCGGGAGAAAGCGAGGAUCGAGCGGUGAAAGCAGCGUCAGUACAGCCGCCGCGCCGCGACGGACGGUCGACAUAACCUCAAAUAUGUUCCUGACAACAAUAACUAUAGCAACCGUCGCAGCCGCAGUAUACUGGAUCAUGAACCGACACAAACCCCUCAAGCAUUUACUGAGCGACUUCCGUUACAUGAUGGACAUGCAAGGAGCGGGUGCGGGAGGACUUAUCGACGAUUGGAUCAAUAUACGGAGAAAUAAAAUCGAGUUGCCGGACGCUAGUAGAAAAGUCGCCGUUAUAACCGGCGGAGCGCGAGGCAUCGGCACUGAAGUAAUCAGAGGCCUGCUUAAAGCUAAUGUCACCGUUAUAAUGGGCAUUCGAAAACCUGACGCGGCUAAAAAGAUGAUCGAAACAAUGGAGAAUGGGAAAAAUUUACAUGUAUUCUCACUCGAUUUACAAUCACAGAAGUCAGUUAAGGAAUUCGUUAAUUGCGUCACAAAGGAUUUCCCAGAGAUUAAUUAUCUAAUAAACAAUGCUGGGAUAAUGUAUGGAGAUUACAAGUUAACGGAGGAUGGCAUAGAGUCACAGUUUGCUGUGAACCAUUUGAAUCAUUUUUAUUUGACACAUUUAUUGUUGCCAGCAUUGAAAAAAGCUGGCAGGGUAGAGGAGCCUUCGAGAGUUGUUAAUGUCUCAUCUUGCGGUCAUUACCCUGGAAAGAUAUUCUUUGAUGACAUUAACAUGAAGCAACAUUAUGACACAAUAGCUGCAUAUGCCCAAUCUAAACUUGCACAGAUAAUGACAGCAAGAUAUCUCAACAAGUUAUUUGACAGUCAAGACGCAAAUGUAAAAUUCUAUUCAGUACAUCCUGGAAUUGUUGACACCGAUUUGUUUGAGAAUACAACCUUUAACAAACUACCAUGGCUGAAGAAGAUAUUCUUCAAAACACCAGAAAAAGGAGCUACUCCGAUAUUAUUUGCCUGUUUUAACAAAAAUAUUGAAGAAAAAGGUGGACUCUAUAUUAGCAACUGUGUAGAAGGAAUAAGCAAUAGAUAUUCUAAAAAUGUAGACCAUCAGAAGAAACUAUUUGAUAUUUCCUGUGAACUAACUGAUAUUGACCCUGACAAGUUUGGACUGAAUUAAAAAAAAUGUCUACAGUUCUAAGCAGUGACAAACAAUGACUUUAGUAAUAUAUAACUAUUUAAUUUAUUUACACCCUUUUUUAUAUUUUUAUUUAAAUAUAUUCUGUAUAAAAUCA